UGACUGUAAAUCGCUUUGGAUAAAAGCGUCUGCUAAAUGGCAUAUUAUUAUUAUGUGCUUACACAUCUCACACAGACAAUAUAUAAAGUCCAGUAAAAACAAGGAUUGUAUUUGUGUAAGACAUUAACAAAUGAAUAUCAGUGGAUAUAAUUUAAAAUAUCACUCAUACAUUCAUUGGUGGCGAUAUCAAUAAAAUUACACAUUGAGCAUAAUAAAUACUCCGUACAGCUGAGUUUGCAAGGAGGCGUUCUCUACUUACCUCACCAUGUAUUGUUAACGAUGCAUUGUGGGAUGAAAUAAGAUGCUGGUAGAGAGGAGCUGCUAGAAAAUGCUCACAACACAAGAAGAGGUGGCAGCUCAGCCAAUGGCAGGGUAAAUUGUGUAGGGCGGGGGAGGUAUUUUACAAGGGCAGUUUCCCUACAUAUUUGCUUUGAGUAAAUCUUAUAAAAUAAUGUGUCGCAGCACGAUCCAGCAAGUAAGCAAAGCUUGAUAUCCACCAAGGUGAAUUACCUGAUUUCGAAGGGAAAAGUCUCAGCAUCUCCUACAUAAGGCAUGACUGACAGGAAGGCAGUAAUCAAGAAUGCUGACAUGUCGGAGGACAUGCAGCAGGACGCAGUGGACUGUGCUACCCAGGCCAUGGAGAAAUACAAUAUAGAAAAAGACAUUGCAGCCUACAUAAAGAAGGAAUUUGACAAGAAGUAUAACCCUACAUGGCAUUGCAUUGUUGGAAGGAACUUCGGCAGCUACGUCACUCAUGAGACGAAGCAUUUCAUCUACUUCUACUUGGGGCAGGUGGCCAUCCUCCUCUUCAAGUCUGGCUGAGUUUUCUGAGUUCUGGAGUGCCUCUUCCCAACAUGGACUGUAAUGCACUGGUGGCUGAUGUCACAACUUCCCACACACUUCAAAUAUUAAAAUGAAAACAAACCAUGAUGAUACACAACUGGCUGUGCGUAACUGCAUGGACUAAGAUGUACCAUAUUUAAUGUGUAUAUGUUACAGUAAAAAUAUUACUUUUCACUAGUUGCCAUAAAAUGCAACUGGAAGAGAUUUUUGUUAAUGCUGUUCUACAUUUUGUUAUACUUCAUUUGUAAAUGCUUUAACAGUGGCCUUUUGAUUGUAUAAUAAAGGAAAGCUAGAGAAUGUAGUUGUGCAUCUGCUUUACCCCAGAGAGCUGUUUUGUUUUCAGUGACUCCUGUGCUGUCAUUUGAAUGUGCUUAGUUACUCCAGACCUUGAAGUACUACAGCAGUUUGUAAUGCCUGUAUAUUGCCAGAGGUACAAGUGAGACUAGCGCAGUGUAUUUGGACAUCUCUUCCCAGAUUUGCAACUGCUGUUAUCGAUCCCAUUUCCCACAAUCAUAUUUCAUGAGCUGGAACGUCUCAUCUGGCACACUGGGGUGUUGGCAUUUUUCUAUUGCUAUUUGUAUUCCAAGCUAGUAGAGUUACUAUGCUAACAUGCAGGUGUUUUAGAUGUGGGGACUUGUUUAGAGGCUUGGAGGUUCCAUUUGCAGAGUGUUGACACAUCCACACUUGAACCUAUUCUGGCUGUGCAACAAAGGACUGAAUGUUGGCAUUCGGGUCCUUUUGUAGACUCAUUUUAAGAAGAAAAUAUCUUCAGUGGUUUGUUUAAUGUUUUACUGUAUUUGCUAUGUUAUUGGUGGUUUCUGUUUAUUGUUUGAAGCAAACUGCUGUAUAAUUUGCACAGAUGUACCUCUUAUUGUUCUCAGUUCAUGGGCACAUGAGUACAAUUGCACUUCACUAAAGGGACAGUUAGGGAUUUUGGCAAUGAGGCCCUUUAUCUACUUUAGUAGAUUAACUUGAUACCAUUUUUUCCAGUAUGAAGUUUCGCAAAGCUAACACUAACUAGCAUUGGCGCAGUUACUCGAGGUUGCUAGUAGAUACCCAUAGACUAACAGUCAUUGCGCUAACGCAUAAUUAUAUCCGUGAGUUCAUCAGACUCCUGGGCAGUAGAUAAAGGGCCUCUUUGCCAAAAUCCUGAGGUGUCCAGUAAACUUGGAAACUUUAAUUUAGUCACUGUAAUCAAGUCAAUUAUUAAACUUAAGUGUAUCCUGUUCACUUUCAA